GUAGGUAGGUACCUAGGUAGGUAUUACUAGAGUCAUAUAUCUUAUAUUGGUAAACUUUACCUUAGCUAAUGGCAGCUACUGCUACCCCGCUCGUUCUUCGACGCAAGCGAAAGCACGUCAACAUGCUAGAUCUAUUAUUUUUUUCUUAUCCCGUUAUUGACUUCCCCGCUCUUUAUCUCCUUACUCCGAAUCGGCACUCACUCCCAGGUCCAGCACCGUAUGAGAACACGCUCCGUACAAAGAUAGACUGCUUUUCUCCCGGGGUUAUUAUAUAAAGAUUGGCAUAGACCGAACAAUUCGAUAUUAUAACAGGUUGCGGAUUAUUUGUACUGCUUAGACGGUAACAGAAAAAGUUCGAUAUGCCUUUAAUCGCCUCUGCACCACGAGACCGCAUCAUCCUGGGUCUGAUGACCUUUGGACCCGAUGAGAAAGCUGGCGCUCGAAUUACCGACGUCAACAAGUUCAACAGAGUACUCGAUACCUUCCAGUCCCGUGGCUACAAUGAAGUUGACACGGCACGGGUCUACGUUGCCGGCCAGCAGGAGGCCUUCACCCGUCAAACAAGGUGGAAGGAGCGCGGUCUAACGCUGGCCACCAAGUUCAAGUAUCCUUCUGAGGCCGGCGCCAAUCAGGCUGCUAAGGUAGUCGAGAGUUUGGAGACGAGUCUCAAAGAGCUUGGGACUGAUUGCGUAGAUAUCAUCUACCUCCACGCAGCCGAUCGUGCAACACCCUUCGCCGAGACACUUGAAGCAGUAGACAAGCUACACAAGGCGGGCAAAUUCGUACGAUUCGGCAUUUCUAACUUUACAGCUGCGGAGGUGGCCGAGGUGGUUCUGACUUGCAAGUACAAUAAUUGGGUACGGCCGACCAUCUACCAGGGCAUGUAUAACGCUAUCACGCGGGGUAUUGAGCCGGAGCUGAUUCCGGCUUGUCGGCGGUACGGGCUAGACAUCGUAGUAUACAACCCGAUCGCCGGCGGCCUGUUCAGCGGUAAAAUCAAGAGCGUAGACAUCGACCCAGCCGAUUUCAGCCGUUUCAGCACAAAGGCCAGCACGGGUGCCAACUACCGCGAACGAUACUUCAAGGAGAGCACGUUCAAGGCUCUGCAGACGAUAGAGAAAGCAGUCGAGAAACACGCUGGAUUAACGCUGAUCGAGGUGGCGCUACGGUGGGUAGUGCACCACAGUCAGCUCAAGAUUAAGGGCGGCAACGAUGGUAUCCUGAUCGGAAUCAGCUCUCACGACCAGCUCGUGAGCAACUUGGAUAACUUGGAGAAAGGUCCGCUUCCAGAGGAUGUGGUGGCGGCGCUAGAUGAGGCAUGGAGGAUUGCAAAGGCGGACGCGCCUAACUACUGGCACAAGGACCUCGUGUACACGUACGAUACACGAGAGGCGCUGUUCGGAGCCAAUGCGAAGUAAGUGCAUAAGAGAGAGGCGUGCCAAGUUGAUUCUUAUCUGCAAAUGUAGCUUUAAAGAGGUACACGUAGCAUAGUUACCUGAAUUCCGAAACUUGAUAAGGUAGUGUUACCGCACGACGGCACAUGUGAUUACGUGCAUAGAGUAGCUAAUAUAUUUAAAUAAUAAGAGGUAUAUAUAUAAUCCGUAUAUAUAUAUAU